AUGAAAAUUAAUUAAAACUAAUACAUUUAUUUAUUGUAUGCCUAUAUAUACUAGCAAAAAUGUUUCUAUGUGCACACUGGUCGAUUAAUUCACUGAUGUAUUUGUUUAUUUUUGCCCUGAAUUAAAGUAAGCUUCAGGCCACGCCUACAUCAUAUCUGUUCCGCAGCACCGCUACUGUUCCGUUGCACAAACCACGCCCACUUGUAUAGACCACGCAGUCACGCCUGUUUACCCGUACCCUAACCCCGCCCACCAUCUUUAGCCAACACCAAUCAGAAUUUACUUCCUGGAUUUUGCUCGUGUCGUCAUCCGCACAAUACGGAAAUGAUUUCCUCGCUUCACCGGUGGACUAUUCAAACUCACAGAAGUUGCUCUUAAAUAUUAAAAAGCACUGAAUUAAAAGUUUUAAACACCGUCUGCAUGGAAGAAAAGUCUCCUUUAUCGCUUGUUGGUGGAGUUGGAAUCGCUGUCGUGUCCAGUUUCAUUAAUGGCUCCACGUUUGUGCUGCAGAAAAAGGGAAUAUUGCGAUCUCGCAAAGCUGGUAGGACAUACCUGUCUGACUGUGUGUGGUGGACCGGAACACUGGCAAUGAUAGUGGGUCAGGUCGGGAACUUCCUGGCACACAACGCGGCCCCGGCCGUGUUAGUGACUCCACUCGGAGUGCUCGGGGUUCUGUUCGGAGCCGUUCUGGCUUCAUGGCUCCUCCAGGAGCAGUUGGAGCUGCUGGGUAAACUGGGCUGUGUGCUGUGCUGCUGUGGCUCGGUGGUGCUCAUCGUUCACUCCCCGAAGUCCGACAGCGUGGCGUCGAGAGCUGAGUUCCAGCAGCGACUUCUCGACCCAGUGUUUCUGAGCUACAUCACCCUGGUGCUGCUGCUGUUGGUGCUGCUGAUUGGCUGGCUCUCUCCAGUGUAUGGAAAGUCCAACAUCAUGGUCUACGUGGGAAUCUGUUCCCUGUUGGGAAGCUUCACCGUACCGAGCUGUAAAGGCCUGGGUCUGGCUGCGAAGGAGGCGUUCGGCGGAGACUCGUCCCCUGAUGAUAAUGGCGCUCUGUUCCUCUUCCUGUGCUUGCUGGGAAUUCUCCUCGUCAGCAUCCUCACCCAGUUCACCUUCAUCAACAGGGCUUUGGAGAACUUCAGCUCCAACGUGUUCGAGGCCGUGUAUUACGUCACGUUCACGUCCUCGGUCAUCCUCGCCACCGCCAUCUUGUUUAAAGAGUGGGAAGCGCUCGGCGCUCGGGACUGUUUGGGUAUUUUCUGUGGAUUCACCACGAUAUCAGUGGGAGUGGCGUUGUUACGCAUAUCUCAGGAAGCCGUGCUCACGUGGACUCCGCCCAGAACGAAAGAGGAGUAGUUUAUAUUUGAUCAUAUCACAUAACUCUGAAGAUCUUUAGCAUUUCAGCCAUCCUCGCCUAUUAAGAGUGAUUUACACCCAUCCGUGUUAUAAUGCAGCGCCCCCUGCUGGGGACAGUUUAUUACAGCAACACACUAGCUGCGUUUACAUGGACAACAAUAAUCCACUCUUAAUCCGAUUAAGACCGUAUUCUAAUUAAGAAACUACCAUGUAAACAGCAAUUUUUACUUACUUUAAUCUAAUUAAGGUCAUAAUCGAAGUAACCACUAAUCGAAUUAAGACAGGUGGAGUACUGCUGUUUCAGUCGCAUUAUGCACGUGUAGUAGUGACAUGUAAAGACCUUAAUCGCAUUAUGAGCAUUAGGACGCGAUCACACACGGCAGUUUCACGGCGAACAAGAGAGUUCGGCUGUGUCCCAAACCGCAUACUUUCCUACUAUAGGCCUGUAGUGGUGAAAAAUACAUGUGUCUUGGCUGCUAUAUAGACGGUAAGUACGCGGAUUGGGACGCACCCACCGCUUCAAGCAGUCGUCUAUUAGCACGUACAGCGUGACUAAUAAUUAACUGCACUUAAAGCGUUCGUAAAAAAAUAAAUAAACACACCCAAAACUGUAUACGGUCCCAUAACGAAGACGAACUGCAUGUAGAUACGUGAAAUUCUGGAGGGACGUCGGACGGCGUGGCGCGGUGACGUAAUGACACGGGCUGUUAAUCUAAUCAUGUUCUAAAACAUGUAAAACGGGAACAUGACAGGAGUAUUCUAAAAGCGACUCGUGUAAACACCUUAAUCACAUUAUUAUCUUAUUCAGAGUAAGGUCAAUAAUUAGAUUACUGCUGUCCGUGUGAACGUAGUCAUUCUCACUUCCCUCUGUAGAAAUUUAUGGCAUUCUGUCACAUGAUUAAUCGACUGAAUAAAUACUACAACUUGUUUAAAGGUAUAAAAUAAUCCUAAUCCUUAUGUCAAUCCGGCUACCCCUUUAUGUCAUUCCCGCUACCCCUUAUGUCGAUCCAGUUAUCCUUUAUGUCAUUCCCGCUACCCCUUAUAUCGAUCCAGUUAUCCUUUAUGUCAUUCCCGCUACCCCUUAUGUCGAUCCCGCUACCCCUUAUGUCGAUCCAGUUAUCCUUUAUGUCAUUCCCGCUACCCCUUAUGUCGAUCCCGCUACCCCUUAUGUCGAUCCAGUUAUCCCUUAUGUCAAUCCCGCUACCCCUUAUGUUAAUCCCGCUACCCCUUUAUGUCAUUCCCGCUACCCCUUAUGUCAAUCCAGUUAUCCCUUAUGUCAAUCCCUCUACCCCUUAUGUCAUUCCCGCUACCCCUUAUAUCGAUCCAGUUAUCCUUUAUGUCAUUCCCGCUACCCCUUAUGUCGAUCCAGUUAUCCCUUAUGUCAAUCGCGCUACCUCUUAUGUCAAUCCUGCUACCCCUUAUGUCGAUCCAGUUAUCCCUUAUGUUAAUCCCGCUACCCCUUUAUGUCAUUCCCGCUACCCCUUAUGUCAUUCCCGCUACCCCUUAUGUCAAUCCAGUUAUCCCUUAUGUCAAUCCCGCUACCCCUUAUGUCAUUCCCGCUACCCCUUAUGUCAAUCCAGUUAUCCCUUAUGUCAAUCCCGCUACCUCUUAUGUCGAUCCAGUUAUCCCUUAUGUUAAUCCCGCUACCCCUUUAUGUCAUUCCCGCCACCCCUUCUGUCAAUCCGGCUACCCCUUAUGUCGAUCCCGCUACCCCUUAUGUCAUUCCCGCUACCCCUUCUGUCAAUCCGGCUACCCCUUAUGUCGAUCCCGCUACCCCUUAUGUCGAUCCAGUUAUCCCUUAUGUUAAUCCCACUACCCCUUUAUGUCAUUCCCGCUACCCCUUCUGUCAAUCCGGCUACCCCUUAUGUCGAUCCCGCUACCCCUUAUGUCGAUCCAGUUAUCCCUUAUGUUAAUCCCACUACCCCUUUAUGUCAUUCCCGCUACCCCUUCUGUCAAUCCGGCUACCCCUUAUGUCGAUCCCGCUACCCCUUAUGUCGAUCCAGUUAUCCCUUAUGUUAAUCCCGCUACCCCUUUAUGUCAUUCCCGCUACCCCUUCUGUCAAUCCGGCUACCCCUUAUGUCGAUCCCGCUACCCCUUAUGUCAUUCCCGCUACCCCUUCUGUCAAUCCGGCUACCCCUUAUGUCAUUCCCGCUACCCCUUCUGUCAAUCCGGCUACCCCUUAUGUCAAUCCCGCUACCCCUUUAUGUCAUUCCCGCUACCCCUUAUGUCGAUCCAGUUAUCCCUUAUGUCAAUCCUUUCAAUUUUGCUUGUAAUUAGGAUGAACAGGCCAUGAUUUAAAGCCAGUGUAAUCACUGCUUUCCCAUUUGUAAUACUUAAUACAACAGAAUACUUCCAUCUUGCAGUUUAGGUACCAAAUUAAUUUCCUCUCAUUACAGACAUCAUCACUCCACCACUCCAACAUUACUGUGAAACACCAUCGGUAACCGACCCGACAGUAGCUGAUAGUACUGUUUACACAUUUACCUGCAAAAAAACAACAACCCUCUUACAUGUAAACAUUUGUGUUUACACUUGCAACAAUUACAACACUUGUGUUUACAUGUAAAGACACGUCUGUGAAACCGAACACACCAAAUGUCUUGCUGCUACGUUUCUUGGUGACUCAGUAGAUGACAUGACACCACUCCUCAGGAGCAGGUUUGAUUAAACGAUAUGAGGUAUGAUGUCACUAAUGACCUGUUUAUUAAUGAAGCCCAGAGCGUCGCCCCCCCCCCCCUUUAUAAAUACUCUUUAUACUGAAAGAGUACGUAUUCAGCAUCUAACAGUCAUAGUUAGAACAAACUGUGUGUGUUUUUAAACCCUUAGUGCUAUUUGUAAUUGCUACUAAUGUUGGAAAUGAUCAUUAUUUUAGUCUUAAUAAACAUGACAAGAAAUCUAUUCUAUACUAUAAUACUAAAUCCUCUACGUUCCUCGUUGUGCCACGAGUGCAAUGACUUUUAUAAAUGACCCGAUUCUUGAAAAUGCACCAAAAAUGUAGUCAUCUUCAUGAACGGAUUCAUCUGUAUUUUUAUUUUGAAUGAAUUUUUUAAUAUUGUGAUGUUUAUACGUCCUGACACUGGGUGUUAGAGAAAAGUGGACUGUUUUUAUGAAUUUUUAUGAUCCCCCCCCCCCCCCCCCCCCCGACUUUUCUCUGUAAACACGUGGAUUUACACGUACUGUAUAAUAGACUUGUUAGUCAUUUAUAUUUAACGACCAAAUUUUUUUUAAAAAAUGAAAGCAUUGAGCACGA